AUGGCGCCAGUCACAGGGAGCUGCAAGAAGAAGAGAGACACGGAGAGUAGCCCGGUGUCCGAGCUCUCCGACGACCUCCUCGUCGAGAUCUUCUCUCGCGUGCCCUACAAGUCCACAUGCUGCUGCAAGUGCGUUUCCAGGCGAUGGCGCGACCUCGUCUCCCACCCGGACCACCGCAAGAAGCUGCCCCAGUCGACCCUCGCCGGCAUCUUCUACCAAAUCCGCAACAAGAAUACAGGUUACCAAAGCCUAUCGGGGAACUGGUGCGCUAGCAUGGACCCGUCGCUCUCGUUCAUGCUGCCCAAACACGAUAGAUUUGAGAUGCACUUGUUAGACGGCUGCAAUGGCUUCCUCCUCCUUUGCCGACGCAGGACGCACCUUGGUCCCAAGAAUAUAGCAGACUACGUGGUGUGCAAUCCCGUCACUGAAAGAUGGGUGGUUGUGCGUGCCACCAACUGCUCCAGCAACGCCUCGAUCGCUCGCCUGGGGUUCGACCCGGCCGUCUCCUCCCACUUCCAUGUGUUCGAGUUUGCGCCUGCCGGUUUUGCGGGUGUUGGCGUGGAGGGAAACCGUAGGGUCAUCCGUGCCCCGAUGACACAUUCUGAUGGUGAUGUUCAUAAUGUUUAUCUAUCACAAGGGCAAUUGCAUUUCGCAAAUAAGGGUGCUUCUGAACAAUCAAUAGGGGCUCUUGAAGGUUCUAAUGGUGAAAACUGGACCUUGAAGCACAAUGUCACCUACUUGCAACUAUUGGGAAUAGAGUUCUCAUCGUUUCCUGAGUAG